AUGGCUGCACGUGAUAUAGACUACGACUCCGACUCCGACUCCGACUACGACUAUGACUUCGACUUCGACUAUACUCUUCGUUCUUUCCUUUCUCUUUUCUCUUUACUCUUCUCUCUUCUCUCUUCUCUUCUUCCAGGACUCAUGUAUCUGAUAUCGUCAAAAUGUCUGCCAGUCAAUCGACUCGAGACCGAACACUCCGUCCAUGACGGUGAACCAGAGAAAUCCCACCAGCAGAUGGAGGGCCAGGAUUGGAAUGGAGAUGCACAUCUACGCCUGGAUUCCCAUGGUUUACCUCUUGUUCCUCAGCCAUCGAGCUUCAAGGAUGAUCCACUAAACUGGCCUUCCCGCCUCAAGUGGGCUGUCCUCGUCCAGGUCGGCCUCAUGGCCUUCCUCGGGCCCUAUAACGCCGCUCUCAUCAACCCUUCGCUUGUCCUUCUCGCAGACGGCAUGAACGUCACACCUAAAGUUGCUGCCUACAGCACCACGACCGGAAUCAUCGUCGGUGGUCUCUCGCCCUUCAUAUGGACCCCUCUGACCAAUUACUACGGCCGUCGCCCCGUCACCCUCCUCGCCAUCUUGAUCACUGUUAUGGGAGGCAUCGGCUCAGGUGCCUCGCCUAAUUUCUCCGCACUGCUUGGAACCCGAGCCCUGUGUGGGUUUGGCUUCGGAGGCAUGAUGAGUGUGGGAACCGCCUGUGUGAACGACAUGUUCUUCUUGCAUGAACGUGGCGAGAAGACGGGUGUUUAUUCCAUCUUUGUGACGAACGGUGCGCAUGUGGCUGCCUUGAUCGGCGGCUUCCUCGGUGGUGCAGCGGGUUGGCAAUGGGACUUCUAUCUCGGCGCCAUCAGCACCUCUCUCUGCCUCCUCGUCGCUCUCUUCUGCUUCCCCGAAACCCUCUUCUCGCACGACCCGACCUUCCUCGCCAAUCGCACCGAACGCACGUACAUGCAGAUGCUCUUCUCCUUCCGCGGCAACAUGAUCCCCGGGCACCACCUCCGCGUCUCGGACUUCCUGCAGUCGCCGUCCAUGCUCAGGUACCCGUCCAUCCUCCUCCCCUUCUGGUACUACACCUGGUCCUGGACCUUCAUCAACGUCAUGCCAGCCAUCUCGCUCGCGAACAUCUACACGCACUUCUACGGCCUCGGGCCGGGCCCUAUCGGCGCCUGCCUCGGCGUCUCCCUCAUCAUCGGCUCCGUGCUCGGCGAGUGCUUCGCCGGCCGCGCCUCCGACUAUCUGGUGCUGCAGCAGGCCGGCCGCCACCAGAACGUCCGCAAGCCCGAGUACCGGCUCUACCUGUGCACGCUGUCGGCCGUCUUCAUGCCGGUGGGGCUCAUCCUCUUCGGCGCCACGGUCGGCAAGUACAGCUUCUACGUCCCGCUCGUCGGCCUCGGCCUCGGCGUCUUCGGCCUGCAGAUCGCCUCGACGACCCUCUACGCCUACACGUCCGACUGCUACAAGCCGCAGACCCCCGAGUCCGGUACCGUGUUCAACCUGUCCCGCGGCCUGUCGUUCGUCGUGGGCUACUUCGCGCUGCCGUUCGCGCAGGAGGUUGGCUACUUCUGGGCCUGGUUCACCUUCGCUGCCGCCCUGUUCUGCUCCUUCCUGCCCAUCGUCGCGCUGAUGGUCUGGGGCGAGAAGUGGCGCAAGGUGCUCGGCGCGCCGACGUGGAAUCGGGAUUUGUGA